ACCUUGCAUGGCGAUUGAAGACCAUACAAAGAAAAACAGCAGAGGAAAGAGGUGCCUCAGUCAGCAAAUCUCCUAAAGUUGGUGGGCCAGGCCGUGAUCGUCAGCCCUUCACCUAUGACAGAGAGCCAUCUGAUGAGGAUGUGGAAGCAGCUAUUGCUGUUUUGAGACACUCUGCUGAUGAAAACACUGUCCGUGAGAAGAUGAAAAUGACCUUCAUAUAUCGGCAAGCAAUGGUCAACGAUGAAGCCAAAUCAUCAGAUGUCUUCUCGGUCUUCCCAAGAUUUCUGGACACACCAGGACUGAUAGAACAAGAUUUCAGACUUCUGUUUGGUGAGGCCACAGCCAACAAAUUCUUGGAGAAGUGGCCAACCACUUUCAAAGCAAAAGUAAUAAAGGAAAGCCAUGGACUUGUAUCCACCACAGAACUCUUGGAUUUGAUGCGCAAUGCUGAGUCAGCUGCUGAAGUUGAGAAUGGCUGGGACAGUGACAUGUCUGCCAUCUUGCUGCUGCUACAUUUGCUACCACCAUCUGCACAAGGUAGAAAGAGGCCGGGAAAGAUGUCUGCAUAUCAAGCUGUAGAUCAGCUCAUCAGAUUUCAAAAGGUUGGAACCAGUGUGCAGCAGCAUCUUGACAACAUCACCCAAAGCAGUCAGCCCUACCUUCUCGCCCAGGGAUCCACACAGAGCAGCAUUCACUCCUACUUCAUUGUGGUUGACAAGCAUGCUCUUCCAUGCAAGGCAACAGGUUCAGUAGGAGCUUUUGACGAAGUCUUUAAAGCCCAUUACGUAUUUGGUACGUCAUACAGUUCUUCCUUGAGCAGCUUUUUCACUUUUGUGCAAACAACCAUCUAUAACAUCGACAUGGGGGAAACAAAGGAGACUCCUAGAGUUGCUGAGUUGCGAGCAAGAAUGGUGCGUUAGUUGAGAUAAAACUAUGAAGUGUUUUCUUUGCAAAAGUGACCAUGGAAGUCCAAACAACCUUGUUAAGCACCUUAAGAUAAUUCAUGGGCUAUGUACAGGCAGGACUCUUUUUCUGAAAUGUGGUCAAGAAGGAUGCUCACGUUCUUUUGGUAGCUUUUCUGGUUUUAGAAAACAUCUUAACAAGUGCCACGGAGAAAGUUUAGUAGAUUCUAUAGAAGAUGAUCUUUCAGACCCUCAAAGUACCGUCAACACCAGUAAUAUUUCUCAUGUUGAAGUGUCGACUGAAUGUUUAGAGGCUGAGUCAGAGUUAUCUUCGCCAUACAUUGUAAAUAGUUGUGCAGCUGUUAUUUCUGAUCUAAAGGCAGCAGGUGUUGGUCAAAGUACAGUAAAUACUGUAGUGAUUUCCAUGGAAGAGAUUGUUCAAGAUAUUCAUCAGCAUGCUAAAGAAACAGUGAUAAAGCAUGUAUUUAGUAAUGAAAGAGAAACAGAAAUGUGCAAGAAAGUUGAGGCGUGUUUUGAGGGGUUAGAGAAUCCUUUCACAGUUCUAAAUUCGGAAUACAAGCGAUCAAAAUUUAUGACUGCCAAGUGGGAAAUAGUAGAACCAGUUGAAUGUGUGAUUGGUUCAAGAUUUGACACAAGACGAAAUAAAAAGACUGGAACAUAUGAUCAGGUAGUAGUUCAAGAUAAAUUCAUGUAUAUUCCAAUUUUAUCUACACUGCAGUCAAUAUUUAAAAGUCAGUAUUUUGCAGAAAUGUUGCAAAGCUCAGCUACCAGCAACUCUAGACUGAGAGAUAUUUGUGAUGGAUCUUUUUUUAAAG